UCAUUUUUCAGGGUGAAUCAGGACUUGAUGGUAUGAAAGGUGAAAAAGGAGAACUUGGAGAAAGAGGAAUGCCUGGACCAAAAGGUAACACUGGUUUAGUAGGACUUCCCGGCACCAAAGGAGAAAAGGGCAAAACAGGCGAACCAGGAUUAGAUGGUUUUCCAGGGUUAAGAGGUGAAAAAGGAGACAGAGGGGACAAAGGAGAAAAGGGAGAGAGAGGCAUGCAAGGCAAAAAAGGGUUAAAAGGACAAAAAGGCGAGAACGGACCUCCAGGAUUGGAUCAGCCAUGUCCUGUGGAAAUGCCAGGAUGCAGAGGAGACAAGCGGGAGGUGGGCUUGCCAGGCCUGGAUGCCCCCUGCCCUUUGGGUCCCGAUGGACUUCCCAUACCAGGAUGUUGGCAUAAGUAAUCACUAACCAUCAGGCAUGGAGUGUGUACAUAUUAAUAUGGUAUAUUUUUUGGCCAAAAGGCUUUUUUUUCUUUUGUAAAGAAACCUUUUUUUAUUAAUAUAUUGAGCAUUUAUAAAACAAACAAACAAACCUUGUCGAUUAUCUAGUACCUCUGAACAUGUACUUGUUUUUAAAAAAUGCUGAAGCCGCUAGGAUAUAACCAACCUGCUACAGCAAACCAAGUGUCCAGUGCUGUGGGCUAUGAAUGCUGCUAUGUGGACUAAAACUUAACUUGUGCUGUAGGCCCGAAAGGGAGAGUAGCAUGGAAAGCUGGGCUGAAAAUGUCUACGCUUUACAGCAAUGGAACACUUAGCUUUUUUUCCUUCCUAAAAAAGGGAGAAUCGACUCAAAUCCAGCAUAAACGGAAAAGAACGUCUCAGCCAUAAUGAAAAACACUGAAUCGUCUAAUUAUUUAGGGGUCUCGUCUACGCCAAGGGAAGGAUGUGCUCAGCCCAUGACCCAAAGUCGGGAAGAGCUGCGAUGCCUCUCUGCGCAUCGGGAUCGUGACGUGUUGAAAUCAGACUUGGGAGCCAUCGUUGUUAGGAUGUGUCCUGGCUGGGAAGGAACAGAGGAGCAUGAAGGAACAUCCUGCUAAAAUAAAUAAAUAAAAGCGCUGUAGAUAUUAAAAGAGUUUUGGUUGCCUUUGCUGAGUGCAUUCUGUAUGAAGCCAUUUAGUAAUCCACGUGUGACUAUUAAAGCUGCCUUGUAACUGAAAUGAGAGUAGCGACGCCAAAAAGUGUGUCUUGUGUGCCGAGGUGGCGGCUGCCGACAUUUACGGACAAUCGUAUCGCAUCGUACCCUGACCUGCGCGCCGACAUGGACAGACUUCAGGAAUCCCCGUCUCUGGGAAUUUGUUUGGAAAGGAAUUGUACCUUUGGACAGCAGGAUCAAUAAAGGUCAGAUGUUAGCGGCGUGAGGUCAAAGCCAACAUACUAUAUAUAUUAUAUAUUAUUUUUUUUUUGUGCAUAGCAUUUGUAUUUGAGACUCAGCUUGUUAUCUGUAAUUCAGUCACAAUGUAUAUAUUUAAAUGGUAAAAAGCUGGAUUUCUCUGUGUAUUUUUUAAUUAAACUUGGAAUUUAAAAAAAAAAA